AUGGGUCAUGGCAUCCAUGACCUAUUAGCCAGGACAAAGUAUAUCCGCUUCCAUGGCUACAGACUGCCCCCUGACUUCGGUGAGACGCCUAGCAUUAUGCUCGAGAAUUGGUGUUGGAUGAAAGAUGUCUUGAAGGGCCUCAGCUGCCAUUACACAACACUACACCAAGAUUAUCUAGCAGACUGGCGCAAACAACAUCCCGGCGAGCUAGAUCCGCCAAAAGAAAUUCCAAAUGACUUGGUAGAGAACCUCAUCAAAUAUCGGUACUUCAAUAGAGGACUUUACCAUUUGUAUCAGCUGUCAACAUCGAUCUUUGAUCUCCAGAUACACUCACUGAGUACGGACAAGGAGAUUGCAGAUCUCGACCUACAAAAAUUGUGGUAUGACCUACGUGAGGAGAUAGAGGGAAUGGAUUUUUCCGAAUGCAGGAAUGGGUUUGCGUUUGGGACGUUCGCUCAUCUAACGGCUGGUUAUGAUGUUUGUUACUAUGCUUACCUAUGUUGCACGGCUGUGGCCCAGGAUCUGUUCCUCUCUGUCUUUGCCCGUGACCCGUAUAACAAAGAUACGUGGGAUAAGUACCGUCGCGGAGUUCUAGAACACGGAGGAAGCCAACAGGACCUGUUGCGGAUGCUGGAGGAUUUCCUUGGUCGCCCUCCGAAUAUGAACGCACUUGUGGAAGAUUUGAUGCGCUCAGGUAGCCAGACUUAG